AUGGCCCAAAUAAAGGUUUUCAUUUCCACACAUAUGUUACUGUUGAAAUUUCCUACCCCCCACAGCACGGGCACGGUGCGCGGUGAUCAACUUGGCGCCCGAAGCUGUUAUGCUUCCGCAGUAAAGUCUACCAAUCGUCAACAUAGGGGUGAGGCCCUAGCGGUAACCCAGGCCCUAGCCCCACCUCGAGCUGGCACUGAGCGCCCAGAAGACCCCAGGGAGGAAUCUGCCACCCAACAGGCCGAACCUGUGGAGGACCUUGAACUGGUCACUCUCCAUGAGGAUAUCCUGGAUCGACAGGUCAGGAUCGGCACCUCCCUCUCACAAGAGCUUCGCUCCGAUCUUAUUGCCUUCCUCCGCCUCAACUCUGAAGUCUUUGCUUGGUCUUAUAACGAUAUGUCGGGCAUAUCACCUGACGUCAUCUCCCAUAGGCUAAGCAUUAAUCCUGUCGUCCGACCCGUUCGGCAGAAGCGUCGUGCUUAUGACCCAGAGCGGUAUGAGGCCAUGAAGGCGGAGGUGGAUAAGCUGAGCACCAUUGGAUUCAUCAAGGAGGUGGAUUAUCCCACUUGGCUAGCCAAUGUGGUAAUGGUACGUAAACCAAGGAAGGGUUAG